AUGGACGUGGACAAAGACGUAGACGUGGACGUGGACAUGGACGUGGACGUGGACGUGGAGGACUUGGACGUGGACAUGGACGUGGAUGUGGACGUGGACGUGGAGAUGAACGUCGACGUGGACGUGGACGUGGACGUGGACGUGGACGCUCUUGGACCAGGCAAGCUCUUGGACGUGGACAUGGACGUGGACGUGGACAGGGACGUGGUCGACGUGGACGUGGACGUGGACGUGGACGUGGUCGUGGACAUGGACGUAGACGUGGACGUGGACAUGGACGUGGACGUGGACGUGGACAUGGACGUGGACGUGCACGUGGACAUGGACGUGGACAUGGACAUGGACGUGGACGUGGACGUGGAGGUGGACGUGGACGUGGAGGUGGACAUGGACGUGGACAUAAACGUGGACGUGGACGUGGACGUGGACGUGGUCGUGGACGUGGACGUGGACGUGGACAUGGACGUGGACGUGGACGUGGACGUCGACGUCGACGUGGACAUGGACGUGGACGUGGACGUGGACGUGGACGUGGACGUCGACAUGGACAUGGACGUGGACGUGGACGUGGACGUCGACGUCGACAUGGACGUGGACAUGGACGUGGAGGUGGACAUGGACGUGGACAUAAACGUGGACGUGGACGUGGACGUGGACGUGGUCGUGGAGGUGGACAUGGACGUGGACAUAAACGUGGACGUGGACGUGGACGUGGACGUGGUCGUGGACGUGGACGUGGACGUGGACAUGGACGUGGACGUGGACGUGGACGUCGACGUGGACAUGGACGUGGACGUGGAUGUGGACGUGGACGUGGACAUGGACGUGGACGUGGACAUGGACGUGGACGUGGAUGUGGACGUGGACAUGGUCGUUGACGUGGACCUGGACGUGGACGUGGACAUGGACGUGGACAUGGUCGUUGAGGUGGACGUGGACGUGGACGUGGACGUGGAUGUGGACAUGGACGUGGACGUGGACGUGGACGUGGAUGUGGACAUGGUCGUGGACGUGGACGUGGAAGUGGACGUGGUCGUGGUCGUGGUCGUGGACAUGGACGUGGACGUGGACGUGGACGUGAACGUGGAGGUCGACGUGGACGUGGUCGUGGACGUGGACGUGGACGUGGACGUAGACGUGGACGUGGACGUGGACGUGGACGUGGACGUGGUCGUGGACGUGGACGUGGACGUGGACGUGGACGUAGACGUGGACGUGGACGUGGACGUGGACAUGGUCGUGGACGUGGACGUGGUCGUGGACGUGGACGUAGACGUGGACGAGGACGUGGACGUCGACGUGGUCGUGGACGUGGACGUGGACGUGGACGUGGACGUGGACAUGGUCAUGGAUGUGGACGUGGAGGACGUGGACGUGGACAUGGACGUGGACGUGGAGGUGGACAUGGACGUGGACGUGGACGUGGACGUGGACGUGGACGUGGACAUGGACAUGGACGUGGACGUGGUCGUGGACGUGGACGUGGACGUGGACAUGGACGUGGUCGUGGACGUGGACGUGGACGUGGACAUGGACGUGGACGUGGACGUGGACGUGGACGUGGACGUGGACAUGGACGUGGACGUGGACGUGGACAUGGACGUGGACAUGGAAGUGGACGUGGACGUGGACGUGGACAUGGAAGUGGAGGUGGACGUGGACGUGUAA